AUGAACGAAAAAGUUUUACCACUUACAUUUAGCAGUGAUAUUCCGUUAAAUAUUCAAGGAAAAAUAAAAGAUAAACCGAAUAUCUAUAAUAUAAAAAAUUUAGGUCAAGUUUCCACCCCUGAUAGCAUAGUUAACUUUAUGCUAGAUGCUAUUGGCUAUCAAGGAGAAGCCAUACUCAAUAAAUACAUAUUAGAUAAUUCUUGUGGUGAUGGUGCUUUUUUAAAGAGUAUAGUUAAAAGAUAUGUAGAAGUAGCCAAGGAGAAAAAUUUGUCCCAAAAAGAGAUAAAAAAAGGUUUGGAAACUUAUAUUCAUGGUGUCGAAAUUGACCCGCCCACCUAUAAAAAUUGUCUAAAAAACCUAAACUCUAUAUUCCCAGCCAAUUAUGAUAUAAAACUAGGUGAUGCCUUAUUUAUUAAGGACUAUGAUAAAAAAAUGGAUUUUGUGGUUGGUAAUCCGCCCUAUGUUAAAAUCCAUAAUUUAAACGGACAAGCCAAAAAAAUUGUUUCUCAGCAUAAUUUAAAAGGAAUGGUUAGUAAUGUCAAUUUUGGAUCAGUUCCAAAAGGCAUGGGAAUAUAUGGUGGAAUAUAUAUUUUACCAAAUGGAACCAAACCAAAGAUUAUUGAAAAGAACCUAGAAAGUGAAAAAUUUAAAGAUUUUGUAAAAACUUUUGAGGAAGGAGCAAGAAGCCCAGAAAAAUUAAAAAUUCUUCAUCCUAACAUCACGGAGGAUUUGAAGGGUUUAUUGGGCAAUAAUUAUCAACUUUACUCGCUAGAUGAAAGCGAUCGGAAAGAAAAGACAGUUAAAGGUAGAUACAUGGAUAAAAGAGUUGAUAUAGCAAUAACAAAAGGGGAAGAAAUAGUAGCAGGUUUAGGUGUUAAGUUUAUUAUGAGUAAUUAUAGUCAAAAUUCUAAUAAUUAUUUUGAAAGCAUGUUAGGAGAAACUGCCAACAUUAGAACUAACAAUAUCCUAUAUUUCCAAAUAGUUAUUUGUUUUGCCCGCCCUCCUUAUUUUGAAGAGAAAAAUAAUAAUGGAAAAGUUAUCAAGAAAAUUGAGAAAGUUAGUUUAAAUCAAUUAGAAAAAUAUCGAAUUCUUUCCCGAGAUAAUGUUUUUACUUAUUUACACUCACCAAUUAAAACCCUCUUAGUUUUAGUAGAUUUUGCUAAUAUUGAUUGCGAAGAAAUAUUCAAAAACGAAAAACUGAAAACUGAUGAGGAGUUAGCUCGAAUAGUUAAAGAAAAAGGUGCUGAGUUAGUAUUUAGUAAUUUAGAAGAUGAUGAAAAAACUGCUUUUAAAAAUUCACUUAUCUUUAAUGAUUAUCAAGAGUUCAUUAAAAAAUUAAAUGUUGAGUAUACUCUAAUAAGUCCAUUAAGACAGUUCCUUUAUAAGAAUUAA